GCUCAGGCGUGACGUGUACGGCAUUUCCUGUGGGGGCGGAUCGUAGAGGACUGUAACGCGUUUCAAUCAAUUUGAUUCGGGAAAAAGUAGCCGCAAUACGACUGAAGGGUGCUCACUUUUUUUCUGUGUGUCGGGGACGUUUGAACGCCCACCAAAUAAUGUGGGUUUAGUCCAUUUUAUAGACAGUUCAGCGGCUUGUUAUAUGAAAGAUUAAGUGAAGAAUCAAGAGCAGUGUUAUUAGGGUUGUAGCUGUUGACGAGGACAGGCCGGUUGGAGUUUUUUUUUUUAACUAACAGGAGCACGAUACUGUCUCAGACAUAUCCGACUUACACGGCUUUGAAGAACAACAAACAACCUUGCUUAAUUGUAAAUAACACGCAAAGAUGGAUUUAAAAUCCCUUUUUAUAUGCACGCUACUGGGAUGUUUGCUGUGUUACAUUAAUGCUCAGCAAGAUGGAAAUGACUGUAUUAAAGCCAAUGCAAAGUCAUGUGGGGAGUGUAUACAAGUUGGUGCAAAUUGUGGAUGGUGUACUGAACCAGAUUUUUUAAAACAAGGGGAGCCGACCUCGGCAAGGUGUGAUGUUCUUGAAUCUCUCAAAAAACGGUGUACAGAGAUUGAAAACCCCAGAGGCGAUAAAACAGUGCUUCUGAACAAGCCAGUAACAAACCGCAAUCAUGGCACAGACGAACGGAAACCAGAAGAUAUCACGCAGAUUCAGCCGCAGAAAAUGGCUUUAACCCUGCGAUCAGGUGAACCCCAGACCUUUGAACUGAAAUUCAAAAGAGCAGAGGACUACCCCAUUGAUCUCUAUUACCUUAUGGAUCUCUCAUUCUCCAUGAAGGAUGAUUUGGAAAAUGUGAAGAAUCUCGGAACUAAUCUGAUGCGUGAAAUGCAAGACAUUACUUCAGAUUUUAGAAUUGGUUUCGGCUCCUUUGUGGAGAAAACUGUGAUGCCCUACAUCAGCACUACCCCAGCCAAGCUGCUGAACCCUUGCACUGGCGACCAAAACUGUACCAGCCCCUUCAGCUACAAAAAUGUCCUCAAGCUCACCAACAAUGGAAACCAGUUCAAUACUCUUGUAGGACAGCAGCAGAUUUCUGGAAACUUGGAUUCUCCUGAAGGUGGUUUUGAUGCCAUAAUGCAGGUUGCUGUCUGUGGUGAGCAUAUUGGCUGGCGAAAUGUCACCCGAUUGUUGGUGUUCUCCACUGAUGCAGGAUUCCACUUUGCUGGAGAUGGGAAACUGGGUGGAAUAGUUCUGCCAAAUGAUGGAAAGUGCCAUCUGGAAAACGGCAUGUACACCAUGAGUCAUUACUAUGACUAUCCAUCUAUUGCACACCUUGUACAGAAAUUAAGUGACAACAACAUCCAGACCAUCUUUGCCGUGACAGAAGAAUUCCAGCCUGUUUACAAGGAACUGAAGAAUCUCAUUCCAAAGUCUGCUGUAGGAACUCUCUCUUCCAACUCCAGCAAUGUAAUCAAGCUGAUUAUCGAUGCUUAUAAUUCUCUGUCUUCAGAGGUAAUCCUUGAGAACAGCAAGCUUCCAGAGGGGGUGACUAUUAAUUAUGUUUCACAUUGCAAGAACGGGCUCGUCAACACUGGAGAAAACGGAAGAAAAUGCUCCAACAUUUCCAUUGGAGAUGAAGUCAUGUUUAAUAUCAGUAUUACUGCACACAAAUGUCCAAAGAAAGGCCAGGAUGAAACAAUCAAGAUCAAACCACUGGGCUUCACGGAAGAAGUUGAAAUCAAACUUAAGUUUAUCUGCGAGUGCGAGUGCCAUGACAAAGGAAUUCCAAACAGCCCAAAAUGUAACGAUGGCAACGGGACAUUUGAGUGUGGUGCCUGCAGGUGUAAUGAAGGCCGUAUUGGUAGGCUUUGCGAGUGCAGCACAGAAGAAGUGAACAGUGAUGACCUGGAUGCUAACUGUCGACGGGACAAUGGCACUGAUAUCUGCAGUACCAAUGGAGACUGUAUCUGUGGAGAAUGUGUUUGCAAAAAGAGGGAUAACCCCAAUGAGAUCUACUCUGGCAAAUACUGCGAGUGUGACAACUUCAACUGUGACCGGUCAAACAACAUGAUUUGUGGUGGAAAUGGCGAAUGUGUCUGCAGGGUAUGCAAAUGCUCCCCCAACUAUACUGGCAGUGCCUGUGACUGCUCACUGAAUACAUCCACAUGUUUAGCGAAGAAUGGACAGAUCUGCAACGGCAGAGGAAAUUGUGAAUGCGGCACCUGCAAAUGCACAGAUCCAAAAUUCCAGGGACCAACCUGCGAGAUCUGCCCCACGUGCCCAGGAGUGUGUGCCGAGCAUAAGGAGUGUGUACAGUGCAGAACCUUCGGUACAGGAGAGAAGAAAGACACCUGCGAGGCGGACUGCUCGUAUUUCAACCUCACCAAGGUGAACGAUCGGGACAAGCUGCCCCAGCCGGGUCAGGCCACAGCACUCACUCACUGCAAAGAGAGGGAUGCAAGCGACUGCUGGUUUUACUUCACCUACGGUGUCAACAACACAGAAAACGACAUCCAUGUGCACGUUGUUGACGUACUAGAGUGUCCUACUGGACCGGACAUCAUCCCGAUUGUGGCUGGUGUGGUCGCUGGCAUCGUGCUGAUCGGUCUCGCUCUCCUCCUCAUCUGGAAGCUGCUCAUGAUCAUCCAUGACAGAAGAGAGUUUGCCAAGUUUGAAAAGGAAAAGAUGAAUGCUAAAUGGGACACGCAAGAGAAUCCAAUUUACAAGAGUCCUAUUAAUAAGUUCAAGAAUCCAAGCUAUGGACGUAAAGCUGCUGCUCUCUAAAUCUCAGGUGAAAAUCCCAUCUACAAGAGUGCAGUGACAACUGUGAUCAAUCCUAAGUAUGAAGGCAAAUAAUCAGACAUGUUACUUUCUUUUAUUACAACACUGUAUGCAAAAUUCUUUGGGGGGGGGGCGGCAAUGGGUUUUAAUUUAAGUUUUUGUUUUUUCAUUGAUAGGCCACUAUUUCAGUUUUUACUAACAAUUUUUUUUUCUAUACAGUUUGAAAAUGUACAGUGUUUUUUUUUUCUUUCUAAAAUUGAUGCCACAAAAAUGGUCUUGAUUUAUUGCAAGGUCCACAAAGGUCGACGAGUUUGCCUUUCAUUUCAAGCAACCCACAAACAUGGGGCUGUUUGCGUAGUCUGUUUUUUUUGCUUUUUGUUUUUUUACCAAUUGUUACGGUGCCUUCAAGGGCUUGAAUUUACAAAUCGCUGCCAGGGAUGUUGCAGUAGUUGCAUUUUGUUGCAAGAUGCUUUUUAUCCUUAGGAAUGUUAUGUGCAAGUAGUGUAAUGGACUGUUGGUUUAGGAGUGGGAAAUGUGCAGAAGAAAGGUACGUGCAGGUGAAAAGUUUAAUAUUGUACUAAAGAAAGAUAAAAUGUGCUUCUGAAAGAUGUGCUUGUAAAUGUAGCUACUGAUAGGCUUGUUCAGUUUAACACCAGCUAAUUAAAUUAUCUGCAAGUAGCUUCAAGGUGCGUUCCUGAAAUUCAAGCCCUGAUCAACACUCAAUUUAAGUAAUGCCAAAAAAAAAAAAAAUCGCCUUAUUUACAAAAAGCCUUAGUUUCUUUUUUUUUUGCUGUUAAGUACCAUAACUGUAUUGUGGGAUUAACGAUUUUGUUGUUUGAGCUUGCAUAUGUUUUUUAUUAUUGUAUUAACAAUUUAUUUUAAAAGAAAUCCUCCAUACACAUUUUUCCUUGUGUUUGUAUGUAUAUAAGCAGAGGUUACAAUGCAGCCUUGCAUACAGAUGAUCCACACAAAAGGAUUAGCAACACUAUUUUGUUUUGGACAUGCCAUACAAGAAACAGCAUUAGAAAAUGGCCUCUGGAAUCAUUUUAAAGAGUCUCAUGUAAUACAUAUUACAUCCUUGUUAAGUGCCUUUUUAUUUUAGCAUUAUGUUCACUUUUGCAAUACUGUUUCUGAAAUUAUUUAUUAAAGUACCAAAAAUGACCAUAAA